GGAUCUGCCUGGCUGGGACAUCCCCCUGAUCCUUCUCCUGGCCUUGGGCCGGACCAGGACCCGGCCAGGAAGGGGCUGCGGGGUGCGCAGGCCGGGAGCCACCUCGCGGGCUGCGUUCGGCCCCCGCCCCCUGGCUGGGCCGCGGGGCGGGACUCGGGUAGCGCGGCCCGGGAGCAGGAGCCGGCAGCGGGAAGCUACCGCCGAGGCCGCGCCGGGCGAGGCGAGGCGAGGCGAGGCGAGGCGAGGCGAGGCGGGGCGGGGCCGGGCGCUACUGGAAGGGGAAGCCGCGCCUGCCGGGAGCCGCGCCGCUCCAGCCGGGUUGCAGCUGCCGCGCACCAAGCGCCGCUAUGGGGCUGCAGACCGAGAAGGCGGAUGUCCAACUCUUCAUGGACGACGACUCCUACAGCCGCCACAGCGGCGUAGAUUACGCCGACCCGGAGAAGUUCGUGGACCCGGGCAGCGACCGAGAUCCCCACCAGCUCAACUCGCAUCUCAAGGUGGGAUUCGAGGAUGUGAUUGCAGAGCCCGUGUCUACGCACUCUUUUGACAAAGUGUGGAUCUGCAGCCACGCUCUCUUUGAAAUCAGCAAAUACGUGAUCUACAAGUUCCUGACGGUGUUCCUGGCCAUCCCCUUGGCUUUCGCUGCAGGAAUUCUCUUUGCCACCCUCAGCUGUCUGCACAUCUGGAUUAUAAUGCCUUUUGUAAAGACCUGCCUAAUGGUCCUGCCUUCAGUGCAGACAAUAUGGAAAAGUGUGACACAUGUUGUCAUUGCUCCACUGUGUACGAGCGUAGGACGCAGCUUCUCUUCUGUCAGCCUGCAACUGAGCCACGACUGAAUACUUGGACUCCAGGUCCAGAGAUUUGGAUACUGUAAUACUUCUUUGUUAUUAUAACAUAAAAGCACUACUGUUCUGUUAAUUCCCCAAAUGUUCAAAUUAAGAACCACAUGUAGAAAUGUUCCUUGGCAGAUCUCUUCAAAUAAUGCUUUUCUAAUUAAAAGCCAAGGAUCUCAUAUCUAAAUAAUUUCUUUCUUUCUCAAAGUUAGAAAGUAAGCAUUAUUAUUUAGUAGGUUGGCAACACUUCAUUUUGAAGGCAGACAGUUUUUGCUUUAGUAUGAAAGUAUACAUUUUAUAAUGAUGAAUCUAUAGUGAUGAAGGGACACUUCUCUCAAACACUACAAUAGUUUUGUGCACAACUGCUCAUAAAAAUGUGGAAUUUCUUAUUCUUUUUACUCUGGAAGUAAUACUUUUUAAAUUACUUUGCAGAUAAAGUUAUGGGGCUACUUAGAGAUAAGAUAAUACAAAGAUUCUAGAACUUACAGUAAUGAAAGCAUACAGUGAUGAUAGGGGCUCUCAAAUAUAAUAAAACAAAUGUGAAAACAGAUUCAUGAAAAUAUGUUCCUUUAAAUAGGGUAUUGUUAACCUACAGGCAUAUUUAACAAGAUGUUUCAAUUUACUGUAUAUUUUGUACUUCUUGUAAAUGUUGCUCUAAUCAGAUUGCUUUAAAGCACUCAUUAUGUUUAUCUUUUUGAGCUAAUAUAUAGAAAGAAUAAAUGUAUCUUCCAUAAGGAACUUCAUUGGUGAGAUUGCACUGUCUUGAUUACAUAAGCAUAUGCAUCUUCCUUGGUAAUAGAAUGUAAAAGAGAGAUAUACAAGGCUUUUCUUUCUAACUUUUCCAAGCAAAAUCCUGAAAUGUUUUAUGGCUAAUGUUUAUCUAUCUGUGAUCUUAAUACAAACCUAAUUGAGAUUUCAUCUAGGAGAUGCUUUCUGUCUUGUAGUUAGAAAUUAAAUCUGUAUUCUGCUUUCCUAUUAAUGUUUUGCUAGACCUUCUAGUAAUAUUGGUGCUAUUUAAUAACAUUUUACAAUAAAGACUAUUUCUGACACUUAAGUAGGAUUUUAACUACAGUAAUUCACAUAGUAAUUUCAGGAGAGUUGUCAACCUAUUGGGUCCAUGCUACUGAGCUCCGUAUAUAUAAAUUAAAAACUAACAACUACAAACUUUCAAGAUGUUUUCUAAUAUGAGUAUUGUUACACAGUAUAAAAUUAUUAUUUUUGAACUGUAGAGUCCUAUUUCAGUGUUAUAAGUCACUGCUGUUUUAAAAAAUCUCUAUUUCAGAAUGAUGGGCAUGUACAAAAGAUGUCUGAUAUGAGUAGUUAACUAUAAUUUACACACCUUAAAAGUGUGUAAAUUGAUCAAAUUUCAAAAUUACUAUCGGAACUUGGAUGAACAUUCCUUUGAAUAUCUUCAUAGAUGACAACUCCUCAUUCAAUGAAAAUUAAUUUUAUUUUCCCAAAUUUCUAAGACUAGUGAAUAUAAAGGGUGAUUGAACUGGAGUACUGUUGGGGACCAAAGCAAAUGAAUGAUUAGAUUAUGAAACCCAUAUCCCUUUGAAGGUAGCUACAAAAGAGAUUUUUCAAAACUGCCUUAGGCUAUUGUAGCAUCCUUAGAAAACACUCUCAUGAUCAUUAACUUAAAGCAUUACUACUCACUUGACUAUAUAGAUGUUCCUAUGUUAGUUAUAAAGGUCAAUCAGUCUCAUGACUUUAUAGUUAUAACUUGCAUUUAAGAUGUUUUUAAAAAAUAUUUUGAUAUGUUGAUUCAAAAAAUGUAUUUGAUUAAUAAAAUACCUAUUUAAAUAAAUCAUGAGCUUCUGUCUUUUCAAAUAGCUAUUGGCAAGUUUUAAAGCCAAAAUAUAUACACAUAGUCAUAUAACAAAACCUAUUAACUUAUAGCAAGUAGAAUAUAUGAUUUCCUUAUUUCUGAAUAGCACUGAUCAUUUUCAAAAUAACUUUUUACUGAGAUUUGCCAUUAAUUGUUUUAUCUCAAAGACUAAAAUUUUGUACCAAGUGAAUCCAGGUUUCAUGUGCAAAUAUGUUGGUUCUUUUAUUUGGGGGUGGGGAAGAGGCAGGUGAUGAUGGGACUUUCUUAGUAUCCAUAAUAAACUUUUUUAGAACU